AUGUGCUGCACGCAGGUGCGCGUUUUCGUAAUAAGNGAAGCAAAAGUUGGUCAUAAUAUUAAAAAGCACUUUAAGGAAGAAACAUUGUGUAUGGAUCGUGAUUCACAAAUUAAAGCUAUAGAGAAAACAUUUGAAGAUAAUAAGAAGCCCAUUGAAAAACACUACAGCAAAGCUAACGUUCAUCCUGUAGAAAUUUGGCCUGUUUUCCCAGAUUUCAAGUUGUGGAAGUACCCUUGCGCCCAAGUUAUUUUUGAUUCUGAUCCAGCACCUAUGGGACUCUCGGUUCCUGCACAAAUUGAAGAGAUGUCUCAAGCAAUGAUUCGUGGUGUGAUGGAUGAAAGUGGAGAACAGUUUGUUGCUUACUUCUUACCGUUUGAGGAAACUCUCGAAAAGAGAAAGCGAGAUUUUUGUUCUGGAAUCGACUAUGCUGAAGAUGAUGAGUAUGAUUAUAAAAUGGCUAGAGAAUACAACUGGAAUGUUAAAAGUAAAGCUUCCAAAGGGUACGAAGAGAAUUACUUCCUCAUUAUGCGGGAAGAGGGGGUAUAUUACAAUGAAUUGGAGACACGUGUGAGACUCAGUAAACGAAGACAAAAGGUCGGACAACCAGCUAACAACACAAGGCUUGUCGUACGCCAUCGGCCAUUGAACGCCACAGAAUUCCGUAUGCAGCGUUACCGAGAAAAACAACUCGAACCACCUUGUGAGGAGGAUGAAGAGGAGGAAGAGGAAGAAGAAGAAUUGGGACCUCAGAAGACCGAAUCUAAAAAUGAAGAAAAAGAAUCGGAUAGAGAAGAUAACGAGCAGGCAGAGCAAGAGAACGUGGAUAAUGAGGAGGACGAGAAUAAAGAAAAACUCGAAAAGGUCAAUAAAGAAGAGAGAUCUCGUUCAUCCUCACCGGCUUCCUCUCAGGCUUCGAGCCGCAAGUCUGGUUCAAAGCCCAGAUCUCGGUCUCGAUCGCUAUCGAAAGCUCGCUCUACGCGCUCCAUGCGCUCGAGUCGCUCGGUACGUUCUUCGCAGUCUCGCUCCCUAUCAAAGUCCCGCUCUCGCUCUCGCUCGGCUUCCAGGUCGGGCUCUGGCUCGCCUGGUCGGUCACCUUCGAGGUCGCGCUCUCGCUCGGGUUCUCCGAGCAAAGCCGGUAGCGCCAGUGGUAGUGCCAGUGGAAGUGGCAGUGCUAGUGGUAGUGGCAGCGAAAGCGGCUCCGAGUCAGAGUGAAGUGCUUUUUUCAUCUCUCACAUAUUCACGAGCGUUUUCAAUCAACAUUUUACGCUCACCCAUUCAUAUUGUUCAUUUUUCAUUUUUAUCAUCUCAAUGAUUUGUGUUUUGGGUAGAGUUGCAACGAAACGAAACUUUGUACAGUACUUAAACGUCAUCUUAUUCUUUCAACAGUUUUUAAGAUACUUCCAAGCAAAUGACUAUAGCUAUUUAAAUCAUGUGCCUAUGUAUGGUAUAGUCAUUCAAAUUUUAACUGUAAUAUCAAGUAUUGUUCAAGUCGAAUUGUAAGAGUUAAUUAAGAUGUUUUUCAUUUUUAACUAAAAUGUAAUGUUAAUUGCGUCCUUCAUCAUAUGCAAUAAUGUAAAUAAUUUUUUCAUGGGAUAAAUAAAAAAUUUUUGUAAAA